CGUGCUACACCACAGAGUGACACCUCUUUCUCCAACAUAAAAGAUCUUUUCCGUGACGCAUUUUCCGCGCGAAAGUCUGCUAAGUUUGGAAACCAACUUCGAGACAAAGUUGACAGAAAUGAGUAAGAAAGACAACGGCGCCACACUCAUCCUUGCCUAUUUGAAUGAGAAGAACCGUCCCUACAGCGCUCAGGAUGUCUUCUGUAAUUUACAAAAGCAGCAUGGGCUGGGCAAAACGGCGGUGGUCAAAGCCAUGGAGCAGCUGGCUGUGGAGGGCAAGAUCAAAGAGAAGAUAUAUGGCAAGCAAAAAAUCUAUUUCCCCGAUCAGUCUCAGUUCAAAGAUGUGAAUGAUGCAGACCUGAAGGCGAUGGACGGUCAGAUCUCAGAGCUCAGCACAGAGGUGCAGUCCAUCACGCAGAGCUGCAGAGAGCUGGACACAGAGCUGAAGGAGCUCAGCAGCUCCCUGACGACAGAGGAAGUUGCGUCGCAGAUCAAGGAGCUGAAAGCGGAGUGCUCUGGGUACAGAGAGCGCCUGGAGAAGAUCAAGUCGGCCACCAACCACGUGACGCCAGAGGAGAAAGAAAAGGUUUACAAAGAGCACAACACUUACGUGAAAGAGUGGAAAAAGAGGAAGCGAUUGGCAUCUGACAUGAUGAAUGCAAUUCUGGAGGGUUAUCCGAAGAGCAAGAAGCAGUUCCUGGAAGAAGUUGGGGUGGAGACUGAUGAGGACUGUAAGGUGGCUGUACCAAAUACUUGACAGAACAAGAAAAUACUUGUUUUUAGCUGGUGUGUCAGUGUAAGUCAAGGCAGCACUAUACUGAGGAAACAGAGGACAUGUUUGAACUAUCUAUAAGCCAGAGUAAACACUUUUAUUUAUAGAUUUAAAGGCUUUUUUUUUUAACAUACAUCUUUAAUAAAAGUCAAGACUUGGAAAAAAACAAUGCAUUUAUUGUAGCUGAGAGUAUAUUUAUACAAAAAUAGCUCAAUCACCAUAUGUUGACUGUGUCUGCAAGACAAUAACACAUAACAAAAUUAGACAGCACUGAGAGAUGCUAGCCAUCUCACAGAAAUAUUACCUAUUCAAAAUUUCCCUUUUUAAAGCCUGAACAUAAAAUCAAUGUCCUGAGCGCACAGUAAAUAUCUCAGUGAAUUAUUCAUUAUACCUUUGACAGAUUUACAUUCUGUGUUGUUCUGCUUACAGUUUGUAUGUGCCACUGAUGAACACUCAGCUGGAACUGCUUAAAUCUGCCUUGGCCAGUGAUUGAAAACUGCACUUACUGUAUUGUACAUGUACAAAAACUAUGAACAGUCGUUAACAAAUUUCAGUUACUUGA